GUGGGCCUCACACACCCCCAAGAUUCUGUGGUGAAGGCCACCAGCCUCCCAGAAAGAACAGUGGGUCCCAGUGACCAUGGGGAGGGGCCGUGUCCCCUGCCACCUCCCAGCUUCUGUCCUUGAAAGGGAGGAUGCCCUGCCUGCCCGAGGGUACUGGGGGGCUCUCUGCUUUCUGCUGGUCACACACCCUCCCCAACAGCUGGGCUCUGUGGUUCUUCAAGAAUGAGCGCAGCCGGGCCUGGAGGGAGAACCUGCAGAUGGUCACCAGGUUUGACACGGUGGAGGACUUCUGGGCGUUGUACAACAACAUCAAGCUGCCCAGCAAGCUCUCCCCGGGUUGCGACUAUGCCCUGUUCCGGGAUGGCAUCGAACCCAUGUGGGAAGACAGCAGCAAUAAGCGGGGUGGCCGCUGGCUGGUGAGCCUGGCCAAGCAGCUGCGCCACUUGGAUCUGGACCGCCUGUGGUUGGACACGAUGCUGUGUCUGAUCGGGGAGGGCUUUGGGGACUAUGGCCCAGACGUAUGCGGGGCUGUUGUCAACAUCCGCACCAAGGGAGACAAGAUCGCGUUGUGGACGCGGGAGGCCGACAGCCAGGCCAGCGUGAUGCACAUCGGGCGAGUCUACAAAGAACGCCUGGGUCUCUCCAUGAAGGCUACCAUUGGGUACCAGGCCCACGCAGACACGGCCACCAAGAGCAACUCACUGGCUAGGAACAAGUUUGUGGUCUAA